AUGAAGCAGGCUGUGCUUGCCCUCCUCUUCCUCUCUGCCCUCUCCACCCUGGCCAUCCGCGACCUGUUGGCCCCACUCCACGUCGCCGAGGAUGCCUCGCACCGUAUCGAGGGCGAGUACCUCGUCCUCUUCAACGACGCCCUCACCCGCCCCCUCUGCGGCUCUCGAGGCUGCUGCCGACGGCAGCGCACCUUUACCCUCGGUGACAAGUUCCGCGUGCUUCACGUCAAUCUCUCUCCCAAGUACGUUGACGCGGACUAG